GGCAAAAUGUCGCUGUUCUUGAUUGUCAAGCUAUUUUCUCAUCGUAAUGUUCCGUUCUGGCGCAUAGUAUGUAUGAAACGCCGUGGUUUGGCGUGUGCGUUCUAUUUUAUUUUAGACAAGACUUGACGGCUGUUUAAAAAAACUUCAUGGCUCAUUGUUCGAUUUUGUUAUACCAUUGCUUAGGUUUUUCGUAAACAACUCGAACAAAACAACGUGAAAAUUCAAUGAAGUGGGCGGAAAAUCGUUAUUGUAUUCAGUGAAAAACCUAGGCAUUUCAUCAAGAUUGCCUGAGCAUUGAACUAUAUCUCUGUAACCAAUGGAGGAAAAGAUGGAGAGUGAACACAGUUACAGUGGAGACAGCAGCAGCUCUUCCGAAUCAUCUAGCGGCAGUUCAGACGGAGAUGACGAGGUUUUGGAGCCGGUCCGCAUCAUGGGACAGUCUCUAGAGCUUCCCCAAGAGUUGUGUGAGGACUACUCUGUUUUCAAGGAGUUUUUUUCAAUGAAAACAUGGGAUGCUUUGGAAGAUAAACAUAAAGAAGAACUAAGUAAAUACUUGCCCCAGUUUACAGAAAAUGAAGAAGAGGAGAAGGAGAAAACCAUAAAAAUGCUUUUUAAUCAUGAACCUUUUCAUUUCACAUCACCUCUUGGUGAUUUUUAUAACAAUUUAAGGCAGGGUAACUAUAGGCCAGAUAUAGCUAAAAUGAGAAAAUUUUUAAUGAAAGCAAGAGUUAAACAGCAGAAACACAAGAUAAAGUCUUACUAUGCUAAGUUGUUACCAGAAGUGUUGAUAAGUCGUGAACGCAUACUAGCGGCUGCCAGGGCAGCGCCACCAGGUCCCAUUCCACGUCUUCCAUUAUUACCACCAAAGCCAUCAUCAAAAAACAACUUUAAACCAUUGUACUUGAGAGCCAAGCAGAGGUAUUUUGAGGAAUUGAAUGCUAUUAGAAGUGAGGUUGGAGGGGAUGAAUCUGAAGAUGAAAAUUACCCUGAAGGUCCUCCAGAACAAUCAACAAGAAAGAGGAAACAAGCUCAAGGACAACCUACUGAUGGAAAUGUAUCUGGCACGUUAGGUGGUUCCGAUCAGUCAAACUUACCAUCCCUGGAAUGUUUAAAGAAUGUUUUAGCAGCUCAUAGAACAAGAAGACAAUAUAGAGAGAACCAUCCUGAACUAAAUACAACAGGAAUUACAAUAGAUGACAUAAAGCAGAGAGUGGCCCUUGUAAAUGGUGCUAAGAAACUAAUGUUUGGUGGACCGAAAAGUGGAUCACCAUUACAGAAGUUACGGAGAGCUCCUAAGAAAGAUAGUGGUGGUAAAAAUAAGGGACAAGAAAAGGCUGCCACUAAGAAAGUGAAGGAGGAACCAUAUGAAACCGUUGAAAAUAAACCUCUGUUGCCAAAUAUAAAGAUUAAGAGUGAAAGAGAAGAGUCUGACUCAGAGAGUUCUUCAUUUGUGGAUCCCAUUACUAGUCCCAAAUCUUCCAAGAAGGUGGACCAUAUAGAAAUUAAACAGGAAGUUAUUGAUAAAUAUCCUAGCAGUAUGUCUAAUAUAAACUAUAGUGAUACGAAAUUAGAAAGCAUAGUGAAACAAGAGCCUCCUGAUACAAUAAUGUCAAUGCAGAAUUCUGCUAGAGGACCCAUACAUCAAGCUGUGCCCAUCAAAUUAGAGGAUCUAGAUGGAAUUGAUAUGAUGGCUCUUCCAGUAGAACUAGCAGAUGACUCCGGAGAAGUGAUUCAAGUGGAAACAUCAACAGAGACAGUCGAGGAGUCCCUAGUGGACCCUGACGAGUCUUUGACAGAGACUACGCAUGCAAACUUCUUGUCUCUAGUACGAGCAUUGUUCCCAGCUAGAGCGGCCCAUAGAGCCUCUAAGCAACAGUUGCAUGCGAGAUGCGCUGCUGUCAUGAGGUCCCCUAUAGCUCCACUCAAUACUUGGUAUAAUUUGUCUGAUGACUGGUGUGGAGAAUUAGAUUCUGCACUAGAUUUCCUAGCAGGUGAAAGAGGACAGCAUCCAGAUGACUAUGUGCCAUAUCUACAGUUUUUACCUGAAUCACAGAUGUAUCAAUGGAUCGGUGCGGGUCGUGACUGCGACGCCAUACUUGGGCGUUUGUGUGAGCGAUGGCUUCGAGCUGCCUCGCCACCUCCGCCUGCCAGAGAACCGCCACCGCCUAGGCAUCCUACAACUUGGUCCGUCCGUCCAGCAACUGAGUCCGAAUUGAUGGAUUUCCGCUCACAAGAACGAAAAAGAUUUUCAAUGGCUGCCAAACCAUUCACUUAUAUACAGUAUGGGUACCGGUCAGUAGUAGGUCCAGUAGUGCGUGGGUCUGGCGGCGGUGGCGCGGUGCUGGUGAGCUCCCGGCCGCGACACGCCGCGCUGCCUGCACUGGUGCGGGACGCACUGGCACGACUACCCAACGGAGAGGGAACUAGACAUCAUGUACUCACUUUGUUAAGAAUGUCACAAUGGGUAGCGCCUUGCAGUGAUCAAACACUGCUAAGCGCGGUGUCGUCAGUAUUAGAUAGACUUGUCUCAGCUAAACGCGAUCCUGUCGUCAAAUACGACCAACGAACUGCUAUAUGGACUUACCUUCAUAGGCAUAGGAGUGAAGAAGAUUGGCUGAAGAUUUCAAGUGGUAGGUCGCGCAACAGUAAAAUGAACUCCAUGUUACUGUCACCGCUACCUUCCACGUCGAACCCUCCGCAGCCAGUGAGGACCACUCCUAUAGCCAUCUCUAAGGAACCUCAACAUACGCCACCACAUGCGAUGGAGUUAGAAGUGGGAAGUAUUGAAGAAGUAGUUGAGAACGCAUCGGACAGUGAUGUGGACGUGGAUGAUAGUGGGCAGUCGUCUUCAGUCCCACACAUGUCCUCCGCUCAGCUACUGAUGCAAGCUACUCAAGCUUCGCAAGGCAAACAAGUUACAUUGCCGCCAAAACCGAAAGGAAAACUUGUCGCUACACCACCCCCGAAACCAAAGGCUAACAUAAUACCGAAAGCUGCUUCAGUGAAACAACCUGCCAAGCAACAAUCUGCACUCAUGGCUCAGUCUGCAAAACAAGCGAAUUUACUUGCACAAGCUGUACGACAGAGUAAUGUAAAUCAAGCAAAACAAACCACCAUCAUUCAACCACCCAAACCACCUGUACCGCAGUCGCCGAAACAAACUAAUGUGCCGCUACAAACCCCGAAACAAGCAAACGUUACUCAAGCUGCUAAGCAAGCUGUUAUAUCUCAAGUAAUCAAACCAACCAUUGUAAAGCAAGCCACUCCUCAGGUCAAGCCACCCACUCAGACUGCCCCGGCGACUCAAUCUCCCAAACAGGUUCAACCACAACAACCCAAGCAGAUUAUUGUCAGUCAAACAUCAACUCUCUCUGGACAACUAUCGAAAUCAUUGCCCUCAGUAGUGGCACCACCUAGUAAGUCGCCUCUUAUCAAACAAAGGCCGCUACAAAAAGGGGAAGGGUCGCAAUCUCAGGUUAUAAACACUACAGCAAGUCAAUCGAAUUUACAAACUACAACUGUGGUGCAACCAACGAGUACAGCUACUGUACAGGUUCUUCAGAAUAAGGUCAAUCCAGGCACGCGGUCACUAUUAAUAAGACCGACGGCAGUUCAAACUACUGUUACCGCAGUAGCAACUGCACCUGCUACUCAGGUAACACCUACAACUAGACGCGGUGUAGUCAGAGUGUUGAGUCCAGCUACUCCGGCGUCAGGGAAGUCACUCAUAUCACCGAGAGCAUUGAUGCACCAAGGUGCUACUGCAGCCAAGAAAAGACCCACUGUGCCAAAUACUGUGUCUGUCACAACUGUUGCGCAGAGUACGGGUGGGGUGACUGCAGUAGUGAGCAGCGUGCCGACCGCGGUGACGUCGUCCGUCACCACUCGCACCGUACAGCUCGCCGGCGGCCGGACAGUGCAGCUCGCCGGGCAGCCCGUGCAGCUCGCGGGCGGGCAGGCCGUGCAGCUGGCAGGCGCGCAUGGCGUGCAGGCCGUGCAGCUGGCGGGCGGACAGGCCGUGCAGCUCGGCGGUGGCCAGGCCGUGCAGCUCGGCGGCGGCCAGGCCGUGCAGCUCGGCGGCGGCCAGGCCGUGCAGCUCGGCGCCGGCCACACGCUGCAGCUGUCUGCGCUGCAGCUGCAGCACGCGGUGCGACUGCCGGGCGGCCAGACGGUGCAGCUGCCCAGCGGACAGACCGUGCAGCUGGCCGCGCCGCUGCGGGUGUCGGCCGCCAGCACCAAGAGCCCCACGCCGCGCCCGCACCAGGCCGCCGCAGCGCUCAAGACCAUACCCACCACGCAACCCGUCCAGAUCCCCGUGUCCACAGUGCAGUUAGCCGGACAGACUGUUCAGAUCGCCGGCCAGACUGUCCAGUUAGCUGGCCAGAGUGUGCAGUUAACUGGCCACACUGUCAAAUUACCCAGCGGACAAAGUGUUCAAGUAGCUAGUCAAAGUGUGUUGCCAUCACAAAGUGUUCAACUACCUAGUGGCCAGACCGUCCAAAUAGCUAGUGGCAAUGUACAAACUGUUCAAUUAAGUGGAUCUAAUGUUCAAUUAUCUGGUCAGAGUGUUCAAAUGCCGAGUGGUCAAACAGUUCAAUUAGGAUCACAAACAGUGCAAUUAAGUGGGCAAACAGUGCAACUGGCGGGUCAAUCAGUUCAAUUGCCGAGUGGACAAACAUUGCAACUAUCUAGUGGACAGACUGUUCAGUUGUCUAGUGGACAAACAUUGCAGUUGGCGAGUGGGCAAACUGUACAGCUAGCUAAUCAAACACCGAAGUCGAUCGCUCAGGUUGUGCGAAGUCAAUCUACUGGCGACAAAACAUCGAGUGGGCAGCCAAUAGUGGCUAAAUUAUUGACUAAUGCACAAGGUCAGAUGUUGUCCCUGGAGGGUGUAGGCGUGGGUGGCGGCGCGCGUACAGUGCAAGUGUCGGGCGGGGUCCGCGCGCGCGGCGCCGUGCGGGUACUGUCCCCCGCCACUCGACUCGCCCGGCCUUUGCUGCUCACCUCCGCCAAACCGCUGCAUAAUAUUAUAUUGCAGCAAAGUGAUGGCAACACUAUAAGAGUAACAUCGAGUGGUGCUGUCUCAUCGUCACAAACUUUAGUAUUAAGUAAUAUUGGUGCACAAACAGUGACAACGUCGUCGACCUCUGCGCCCGUUUUAAAACUACAACAGGUGAAUCCAAUACAACAGGUUAAACUCGCGCAGGGAAUAAAAAUUCAACAGGCUGUGACAAGUUCAUCGGCGACGACAUCUAGCGGUGUUCGCAGUGUACUAAUGGACGGGCAGCAACUGAAACUCGUGGGAGGACGCCACGUUCUCGCCAGGAUACUAAGACCAGCUCAUCCACCCCAAUAACUUUAUACUAAUUAAUUACUAUAAUGGUAACAUUUUGGAAUAAUUACUUCCUUAAUGGCCUGUUUCACUAGUCAUAUAAGUACCCUAUUUGUCUGUCAGACAGUGGAUAUCUAGAGAAUGUGAAAUGGGCCAUAAAUAUUGAAAGGCUGAAGCAAAGUAAAGGUGAUCAAAAUUAUGUUUAAAUUCCAUGGUUAGAUGUUGAUCUUGGUACCAUAGUCAUCUUGAAACACUAAUUUGAUCUGAUAACUGAUUGAUCAGUGGUGUAUGUGCUGUAAAUAGUUCUAGUUUCUAUAUUAGACACAGAUUAAAAAUUGAUUUUAAUUUGAUAAGUUCAUUUUGGGUCAGAUUCUAUAAUCCUUGAUUCUUAUCUUUAUAUUUGUACAUAAUAUAACUCUUGAUUACGUCUAUUAUAAUACACAAUUUGAUUUUAUAAAUGUAGAAACGAAAUUUAGUUUUUUUUUUAAUUUCCUUUAAAAGGGUAUUGUACAAAAUAUAGUAUCUUAGUGUAUUUGGUUGUAAAGUUCUAAGUUGAGAAUAUUUUUCUAAAGAAAUUAAUUGAUUAUAUACAAUUCGUUAUUUAUUUUGAACUAACGAAAGUAUUCAGAGUCCUAUUAAUCAGUUUUUUAAGCUGAAAUAACGGAUGUAAGUUUUAAAAUGUUGUAAAUAGAUAAUUGUAAGGUUUUAAUGGGGAACAUUUAUUAUUUGAUUAUGUUAAUUUAUUGUUUGUAUAUAGAGGACAAAGUAUACGUCAGUAUGUUGAUUAUACGAAAAAUCUUAUUGUCUAUUAAGGGCCGAUUUUUCCAACGCUAGAUAAAUUUUAACUGACGAAUAACUUUCAAUAAUUGACAAAUCCAUAGUGAAAACUGUCGAAGUUAAAAAUUAACUGAUGAUUGAAAAAAUCGACCCUUACAGAUAUAUGUCGAAGCCAACUAGCUUAAUUAUUACGCUACGUCCUCCGUGAGUGAUCUAGAAGCGAAUGUGUAGUGGUGCGGUGCGGCGCGAAAAUAACAAACUGUCGAAAUCUAUUGAAGUAACCUACGUGACAAUACAGCCGGGGGAUGCGGUGCGGAGCGGCGCGAAAUGACGGGGACCCGAUCAGUUGGUUUGAUAUUUUCCCGCGAACUGUCGUAUAUGGAUGAGGUGCUGGCAUAUUUUUGUUUGGUUAAACGGAAAUAAAAAUGAAGCGAAACGAUUUGCAUGCACGUAGGACAUAGCAGCCGCGUCGCGCCGCAUCGCUUUGAAUUCGCGUGUUACCGCUUCAUAAUCGCGUUCGUUUCUAGAUCGCUCACGCAGGACGUAGCGUUAAUUGUUCAAGUAACGCGGCAGAAUUACUAGCCGUUUGAUUAAAUGUCAGAUUUUCUCGUUCAGGCUGUUAGUUCAAGGAAACGAAUUGUUAUCAGAAUGAUAAGGUACUCCGACCAGUACAAAAAUCCGGAUUAAGAAUAAACAGCUACCAGAUUUUCUCUGCGAUAUCAUGAUUUAUUAAACAGGCUAGGUCGUUAAUUGAAUGGCUGAUUAAGCUAAUUGACUGCGACAUCUAUACUUCGACUAUCCGUCUCCUUUAUGAUUUUAGUAGGUGUUUUAUAAGAUUUAUUGACAAUAAUGAAAUAACUUUAUUGUUGGUAAAUCUUGAUUGCAAUAUAUUUUGAUAUAAUGUAACAUCUUGUUUAUUUAUGUUCCUUUUCUUGUAAAUAUUGGGUCUGACACUUUGAUCCUUAACUAACGUGACAUAAGUCAAUUGCUCCAAUGAGUAAAACUUGUUUAUAAUACUUUAAAAAGCAAUUUAAUGUAUGUUGUAGUUUUAAAUAUUUAAUAUAGGUUCGUAUUGCACAGUUUUUCACUGGUAGAACGAAAUAAAGUUAUUGUAUAUAAUUGCUGGGUUUUCAAUUACGAUUCAUCUUAUUUUCUUCUAUAUGCGUUAUUAUAAUACUCGGUACAGUCGCCACCAUUAGUAAGACUUAUUAUUUUAAAUUUUAAUUUUAAAGUUUUGUCUUUGGACUAUUCAUAGUAGGUAGCUGUAUAUCUCAGAUAAAUACUUUUUCGACAAUAGCAAAAUACUUAACAAUCUGUCGUAAUUUCAUCCAUCAAAAGCGCUUAUUCCAAUAGGUUUUUAUAAUAGACAGAAAUACAGUAUUCGGGUGGGAAAACAUAAUUUAUUUCAUUACGUAUGUACAUGGUGUGUUCACAGCAAAUACAAAAUAAUCACACUGCACGAGGCAUUCACAGAACUAAGUCUAACACAAAAGCUAAUUGUAACAUAAAUACUAUUGGUACACCAGUGUGCGAUGUUAUAUUGCAUGAUACAAAAUGUUAGCAUGAAGUUUAAUGUUCCAAGUGUCAAUAUAGAGGGCAUUUAUUAUAUCCAAAACGUUCCUAAACACGGCUUCCUGCGCUCGAUACGAUUUCAUAAAUACAAAUCGCUUCGUACGCAAGAUACUAACAAUUCCUUCUACAGGGGAAACGACAAUAUUCAAAGAUACUACAGAGGUAUCACAUUUUAAUUUCUAACUACACUUCUCCCCUCCCCUCCCACAUACGAUUGUACAGUCAUAUUACAUACCUAACAUUGAAUUACAUAAUACGUGUAAAUGCAUAUAUCCUUAGCACACAAGUUACACAUAAAUUGAAAACGAAUAGUGCCGUUACAAAACAACGUUUUACAGGUUACACGCCAUUCAAAUAAAACUUACUAGUAUCUAAAAACUCAAUCAUAUAUCAGUCUUAUAACUAUGUAUUUAAAAUUAUAUAAAUACUUAAUUGAGAUGAAAGUUAGAUAAUUGAAAUGUAUAGUAAUAAAAGAGCGACGUUAAAACACAGAUAUAAUAACAUUACACCGAGAUUGAUAUUAUUUCAUCUUAUCCUAACGGGCUACACAAAAAAUAAACGAGUAUGCUUAUUAUGUAGAUUUAUAAUACCACAGGUUUAGUUAAUACUGACGAGUCGUACAAUCGAAACUUUCAGAGAUAUGAUAUACAUGGCGCGUGCGAGGCCGCUGUAUCGCGUGUUGAGCGGGCCCAACAAUAUAGAACUGCAUGUGAUGCGAGUACUGCGCGCUGCACAGAGACAGCACCGCUUGAUAAACAUUCUGAUAGCGUGAAUUACAUGGAGUGCCGGCCUUACUCGACCGUUACACCCUAUCUACAUUUAUUAAUAUGAAUGAACAGAAGCUCCGAAUGCCACCACUUCAUAGUUAGGUUCUAGCAAGCUCAUAAGUAUACUAUCAAUAUCUAAUUGUCAUGUUUUAUUACGAUGCCGAGUGACGUUAUUAUGGGUGGCAGGGAAAUGGCCAAAUCAGUUAUUGGAUCACGUUCUUUCCACUAGCUGUUAAUUUCAUGACCAUUUGAACAGACCUUCGCUACUUUAAUACGUACUGACAUGGAAUGAAAACGUGUUACAUUAUAUUUACUAUCAUUACUAUCAAUAAUGUUUAGCUAAAUCCAUUAUAAAAAUAACCGGGUCAUGCCAUUCCCCUACAACCGAAGUUCUACAUAGUAAUUUAUUUGUAACAAAAAUAUUUAUAGCAAUUUUGGCAUUUGACACGUAUCUACGACCCUAAUUUACAAUCGAUUAUCUAGUGCGAUUACAAAAAAUACUUACAUAUUAUAUCGUAUCUCUGAACAUGGAACCACCAUCCGGCCUUCGCUGGCACGAGACCAACCGAAUCGUACAUUAUAUACAAACAAUAGGCACUGAAAUUUUGAAAUAUGAUCGGUGUGUAAGAAGACGGUCACUGGCAGGUCUUCUAAUGCGACUUCGAGAAACUACAGUAUUGCAGCUAAAUUAUUACAAAGUGCGUGGAAUGCCUGAUGUACAAUUGAGGUGACAAGGACGCGUGCUCGUUAGUACAGCGUUGCCGAUAUAAUCACUUCGUAUUCAUUCAGUGUUUAUUAGUCAUACACACAAGCAAAUUGAGUAUUCUUAGGUGAAACAUUUAAGUUAUACAAUUUAUAUUCAUUAUAAUUUAGUUAAAAAUAGUUAAAUAUAAACACAAUAGGUCAUUAGUCAUGGCUGUCAGGCAGUUUCGCUGCUUACAACAGAUUCGAGAAUAGACAGGUGCCACAACUUGACCUGGCUGCCUUGUGUUUGUAAGGAGUUAGCAGAGAUGCUCUCGUCGUACGUAUGAAGCGUAAAUAGCGUUUACUAAUAAUUAUUCAUAGAAAUAUAGUUUACUAUAAACAGAAAGUAAAUAUUUAUUGGCAUAGAAGUAUGUGUGUUGUAAUACUAUGUACGAUAUGUACCAGAGUUGUACACGAGGCAUCCUGCGGCCGCCGGCUGCUGAACAAGCGUAAAGCGUGUGCGAGGGAGGUGCUCACUCCUCGCCCUCACCGUCGCCAUCCUCGGCGUUUUCAGCCGUCAACAGGUUGGUGUUAUCGUCAGCUUGAAGAUCCGCAGUCAACUGUUGGAACAAGUGCCACUAUUAUGUUCAUGCGUUUCGUAUGUUGCAGGUAUUGUUGUAAAUUUUCUGAAUAAGGAAAAAUAUAAUAAGACUACUAAAAAAGUUGCUUACACCAAGUUUAGAAGAGGCGAUUUGUGAGCGUUUGCGUCGGCGUACAGCGAGUGCCAGUAACAGCACCAGUGCGAUGGAUGACAGGGCUGCCACUAACAAUGGCAGCAGCAAGUUGUCACCGGGAGAGUAACC